UUAAUGUGAGAAAGGAAAACACGCGCAGUCAACAUGGGAAACAAACUGUCAGCUGGACGGAAGCGACAGAAAACACGGGUUUCUCCUGGCAGAGAGAAGCGUUACGACUCGAAUGACGUCUCUCUCAAUUUCGUCGACGCAGAUGACGUCUUGGAUUUUCUGUGCGAGGACUACGCGUCUCUCAGAGCCACGAUGUCCUGCGGACACGCCGUCACUCCGAUGUCCCUCACCGCCUGGUGCCGCAGGCAGCUGGACGAGGGGGGCUACAAAUUUGUUUGCGGACAAACUGACUGUGAUGUUGAGUGGCCCUUCGAGGAGGUGCAAAAAAUGGCUCUUCUGACUCCCGAAGAAAUUGAGGAAUUUGAUCAGAAAAUCUUUCAAAACGUCGCCUCGAAUUUCUUGGACAUCAAAUGUUGUCCUGGUUGCAGCUCCCGAGUGGCCAGAACCGAUCGCUGCGACCAGAAUGUAGAAUGCAAAGUGUGCACCGCUAAGCAGCGACGGACCUUCACGUUCUGCUGGCGGUGCCUGAGGGAGUGGAACGCUGCGGCCCCGUCCAAAGACUGUGGAAACGGCGACUGCCAGGACCCGCUGGAGAUAUUGGAGAGCUGUCCUGACAUCACAUUCGAAGUGGUGCAAGGGGUCACCGGCUGUCCCUCCAUCCGCGCGUGUCCCACCUGCGGCUUGCUGGUGAGACACGACAAAACUCGAUGUAAAAACGUCGUCUGCCUUCGCUGUAAAGUGGAGUUCUGUUUCGCGUGCCUGAAGCGCACCAGCGAGUGCGCGGAUAAGGACGGGUCCUAUUACGCACGCUGCUACAGCGGCGUGGCACCGAGGCAGAGAGAUAUCCCCGUGUGGAAGAUGACAUGAAUCUGGCGAUUAAGGUCUCGAGAAAUGUAAAAGUCACACCUUUUAAACUCGUAUGGCGCCACCUUGUGGCCAUUUCUCUGGAUCCCAGGCCAUCCAACCAACGCCUUCAUGUGGGUGAUCCUAUCUUUCACUUUGACUGCGAAACUCCUUCUCAACUUAAUUUAUUUUUUAAUUAAACGAUAAAUCCGCGUGCUCAUUCAUAAAUGUGGUUGCAUCCUUGGAAUCGAGGGACAAAAAGAGUAAAAACCAAAGCAAGAGAAAUGCAAAUAAAGCCACGAUCUGGAUUUAUGCCAUGUGAGUAUGAAUGGGAUUUAAAGUUAGCUCACAAAUACGAUUUGAAGAGUUGCAUUUUGGGAAUAUCCUGAUUUUCUCUGUGUGACACCUUGAAGAAAAUAAAACACGAAGAAAGACCAUGAAUUUCAAUGUUUCUAUGACUUUAUUGAGUAAUCCUUCAUCUCUGGCACAUACAAUGCAGUUGUUUUUACAAGUCUUCUACUUGUGUGUUGCAUGGUAUUUUUCUGCGCUGUUAAGACAAAAGUGAAACCGCACAGAAAUGGGAACAAUCUACAAGGUGGUUGUGGACAGGAUGAGCGGGAAGAGGAUGGAGGUCGACCUGUGCAACACGAAGGAGCAGUUUAAGAAAAUGACGGUGCUGCAGCUGAAGGAAAAGAUCGCAGAGAGUCUUCACUUGAACCCUAAUUGAACUUUUCGCCACCUGACACGCUUUCAUUUUUAUUUCAUCCAAGAAAGCACAAACUUGAUAGUAUUAAACAUUGUACUGGGCUUAAAGGAUUGAAAGCUGACUUUAAAUACCUGUAUGAAAAGUAAAUGUAUUAUUUUGCACAAGCAGAAUUGCAAUGUUUUACAUAAGCUCAGACUGGUAUUGUAAGUUGAUUUAACUAAUACAAAUACACUACAAAUAAGCAUAAA